AACCUCAUUGAUAAUCGAGUCCAAGAAGGCAAGAAACGUUACUUUUAUUUCAAAGAUAAAAAUAUAUGCUUACAUAUCUUCUUAAGAAUCUAGAUAUAUUUUGGACACGCAAUUCAUAUUCCAGAAUUUUGUGAAUAUAUAUUUUGAAAUUAUUAUAAAUUUAUUUGUAAAAUAAAAUCAUCGGCAUAAUUUAUUAAUUGUUGGCUGUUAUUCAUGGGUUAUAUAGCAACUAUCAAAGCUUGCAUGCAUAAUUCACUCUGCAAAUCAGAAUUUCAAAAUAUUAAGCAAAUAAGAUUUCUUUCCGGAUAAUGCGAAAACUUGAAAAAGCAUUCACAUGUUUCUCCCUUCUGACAUGCACAAAGCAAAAGAAAUUUUGCUUUUUAAAAUAAUAUUUGAUACUAAAUCACAUAAUAAUUAAAAUACUAAAAAAAUAGAUAUCUUGACCAAAUAAUCUCUAUAUAUACAUUUCAGAGUCUCCAUUUCGCUUAUCACCCUCACUAUCGUCUCUCUCUCUCUAACGAUAUAACAGCUUCUCUCUCUCUCUUUCUCUUUCUUGAAUACAAUGGCUGAAACAACUCCAUUAAAGCGCCACCGAGAAGAAGAAACCCUAGCCGAAGAAGAAACCAAUAAACGACAAAAGCCAUCUUCUUCCUCAUACAAUGACCAGAUUCUCUGUCUCCUCGACGAUUCAGACGAACUUAACCUACCCAACAACGAUCUAGCUUCUUUUAUACACACUCUUCAGCAAGAUAUCUCAUCAGAUGACCAAAACGGUGUCGUCUCUAGAGUCUCCAACGUGGAAGAUUCGUCGACUUCGUGUGUUUCCUCGAAGGAAGACGAUGUUGACGAAGAGAGCAAGGAGAAAGUGAUGCAGCAUCUUUUGGAAGCUUCUGACGACGAACUAGGGCUUCCUAGCAACGAAUUUGGCGAGAGCAAUUAUGAGAUGAUUAAGAAUGAUGUUAGUCAGGAUUAUAUUUAUGGAGAUAGUUUGUUAGAUGGGUUUGGUGAUGCGUUUUGGGAGCUUGAAGAUGAAGCUGCUAAUUAUUACACGUUGCUCCAGUCUCAGCUGUUCUUGUAGAAAUCUUAAGGAUAAAUCUGGGGGAAAACUUAAUAUGAAAGAAAAGGCCAAUUAAAAAAUUUAAAUAAGUGGGUCGGUUUUCUAUAUGAAAAAUCAAAUCAUUUUUAAGGCACACUUUGGUUUCGGCGGAGCUACAAAAUAGUUUCAUUUUAAUUAUUUGAUUAAUAUGUAGUGGACAAAUGAUAAUGGUAUUAUUAUUAUUUUUUAUUAAUUGUUUCUUUA